AUUUUCCGCGAGAUGGCGCAAGCUGUAUCAAAACAAACACCGCACAAAACCGGAAAAUAUCAUUGGAAAAUUAGGUGCAGCAGCUGCACAAAGAACCGCACAGGCAGGAGUGGUUUUUGAGGGAGAAAAAGUAAAUUUAGCACAACAUGCACACAAAUUCUGGUGAAAGUGUGUGGAACAGAUAAUUUGUAAAGCAAAACGGGUAACUUUUGUAAGGCUGGUUUUGUAAAGAACUGUGCAAUCCAUCGACCAUGGCUACGGUGCUGUGCUAUGAAGGGCGGCUUAGCCUUUACUGCUUUCUGGGCGGAAUGGCGAGUUUGCUGGUUUUCUACGGUGCGCAGGCAUUCCUGCACGAGGAAAGCAUAUGGACCAAGGUGGCCCUUUCGGUGGGGUAUUACAUUUCGCUAAACGUUAUCAUUAGGAUACGGUACAAUCCGCGUGACUAUCAGAUUGCCGUUCGAGCUGCAUUCCUUGGGACUGUACUAUCGGCCGGUAUCGUCGUGUUCCUGUACGCUCAAGAACAGUACAAAUCGUUUGGCAUUUAUGCCACCCUUAUGGCACUGUUUCACUAUACAGAGUAUCUGGGCAUUGCCAUAUGCAAUCCGAAAACACUGUCACCCGAUUCGUUCAUAUUAAACCAUUCGAUACAUUACGGACUGGCUGCCGCUGCUAGCUGGAUUGAGUAUUUCGUCGAGUCGCACUACUUCCCAGAAAUGAAAACAUACAAACUGGUGUGGGUUGCAGGAGUAUUGCUGUGUCUGGCGGGAGAAUCGCUCCGGAAGGUGGCAAUGAUUACGGCCAGCAAAAACUUUAGUCACAUCGUUCAAUUCGAGCGACACAAUGAACACGAACUGGUAACACACGGCGUUUACGGAUGGACGAGGCAUCCAUCCUACGUGGGAUGGUUCUAUUGGUCGAUAGGAACGCAGAUAACUCUCGCGAAUCCGGUAUGCUUUGUAAUCUACGCGAUUGCCAGCUGGAAGUUCUUCCACGAUCGGAUACUGAUGGAGGAAAUUACGCUGCUUAACUUUUUCGGCGAAGAGUACAUCCAGUACCAGGAACGGGUGCCCUCCGGUCUGCCGUUCAUAAGAGGCUUCCGGGUGGAACCAUGAUAUUUCGAGCACGAUCCCGACUGCGAGGAUCAAACCAGCUUCCACACGGACAAACGCAACGAGACUGAUGAUGAUGAUGAUGCUGCGGACAAUAACGAGCGAAUAGUGUUGGAAAUCGCGAAAGCGGAUGCGGAUCGUAGGAGAAGCAUCGGGAGCGGUGGCUUGGAGCAUAGCCGCAACCGGCGGUACUCGGGAACAUAUGACAAUUGUGAUGAUCAGGACGCAUCGUCGUUGGUGUAGGAUCAUCGAUCACGUUUGAGUCUUCUUCCGGGAUCGGGAAUGUUUUGCAGGAUAGUUUUUCUUUUUAUACAAAGAUUGCGCAUUUUUAGCUACUUAGUUAGGGGGUGAGAGAACUAGAGUGAAAUUACAAUCACUAGACCAGAGCACAGACGAUGGCCAGGGAACGCUAUAGCACAGACACUACAACAAAUCACAACACAGAAGCAGAGAUAGUAGCCCUACCGAAACGGUGUGUAUAUUUAUAUUUUUUCUAUAACAAAACCGUAGCUUAAGUGUGGUUGUACUAAUUUAUGUCCUUAUACAAAUGCAUGUGCUUUCCGUUAUCUUACAAACCAUUCACACAAAAACCUUAGUGCCACAAAAAU